AUGGACGUCUCGUCACUUUUCAUGUCGGCUGCACGAUUGCUAUCCCAGCUGAGAAUCCCUUGGCUCCAGCUCUUGUCCGGCUUCCCUACCCAGGUCGUCCUGGACAGCCCAGAAGCCGCGUACAGCCUCUCCUCUAUCGCGGGCGUGUACAACUCGUCUCAAACUCCCGGCACCCUCCCGUGGAACACCUUCAAUUAUUGCAACGCGCCCCAUGUAAACGCGGAACACUACAGUCUGCCCGCGGACGCUCCAAAUGCAUCCCUAGUCCACUUGCACGUUGUGCUCCGGCAUCAUAAGAGAACUCCCGACAACCUGUACCCUCAAGAAAAUGAGCUCAACGCGGUACCGUGGACUUGUUCUGAUUUCCGUCAAUUGAGUUUUGCCGGAGGGGCGACACCCGUCUUGCACCAAACUCUCAGCCCUCCAUGGCACCCGUUUCUCGCAACCUUCUGGAACGGCACAUGCGACCAGGGCCAGCUCACGCAAGCGGGACUAGAAGACUCGAUUCGCCAUGGCGCGGACUUCUGGGCCGUCUAUAGCGGAAGACUCGGCUUUUUGCACACUGUCAACGACCGUGAUCUCUGUAUCCGCACCUCGACCGAAACUCGGACCUUCCAUGUAGCAAGCGGCCUUCUGACAGGCAUGGACCCGGCCAGCGCUACGAAUACCUUUUCAGUGACAACACAGCCAUCGGCGAUCGACUCGAUUCCACCACGCUACCCGUGCCCUAAAGCGGAUCGCAUCCGUUCGGCUUUUCAGUCUGUACCUGCCUGGACAGAUCAUCUCGAAGAAAAUGCCGACCUGCAAGCAAGGUUGGCUGCCACUUUGGGCACUGCUGGCAUGGCAGCGUGGUCCUCAUGGUACGACCACUACUUUGACACGUUCAGCUCGCGGACUUGCCAUGGCCACCCUUUGCCGUGUAAUUCUACAGGAGCGUGUGUAUCUGAGCAAGACGCCGCCAGGGUUUUUGCGAUAGGCGAUUUCGAGUAUGACUACAUAUGGAGCUCCGCCGAGAGCGCAAAAGCGUACACGCAGCUCACGUUUGGUGUGUUCCUCAUCGAGCUCGUCGACAAUUUCAACCAGUUUCGUUCCGCCGGAGAAACUUGUAAAGUCAAGUUGUACGUUGGCCAUGACGGCACAAUGAUCCGUCUCGCUGCUUCGCUCGGUCUAGGUCGAAGCGCACCUCUCCGCUGGCCUGCGCUGGGCUCCGAAAUUGUCAUGGAGACCUGGCGGACCUCAGACGGGGAUCACUUUGUCCGUGUGAUGCACGAAGGAACACCUGUCCCGCUCCUUGCCUGGAUUCCAUUGGAUGUGUUCGUUGAGAUGCUCGAAUCUCAGAUACCACGGAACAUCCUCGAGGCUUGUACGGAAAUCUGA